CCCUCCCCGGCGUGAUACUACUGUUGGGCGGUAGUGCUCGUAACGGCAGCGCGAAACUCGCCAGAGACAGAAGCCCUCUCCCUCCGUCUCUCUGCCCUGUUCGCCGGGAAAUAUCCCCUGCCUUCUCCACGGAAGCCACGUGAGCGGAUGGAGUCGUCCUCGUCGGGCGGCGCCAGGGCGCGGCGGAGCGGCAGCUGGGGCAGCGUCGGCGGCGGCGGUGGAGGAAGCGACCCCUUCGACAUCCCCGGCAAGGGCGCCCCCGUCGAGCGCCUCAAAAAGUGGAGGCAAGCAGCUCUUGUCCUGAAUGCAUCAAGGCGAUUCAGAUACACAUUGGACUUGAAAAAAGAGGCGCAAAAGGAGGAAGUCAUAAGAAAAAUUCGUGCACAAGCUCAUGUUAUCAGGGCUGCAUUCCGCUUCAAAGAAGCAGCUCGACUUGGUUCUCAGACAAAGGACGUACCAGAAGCACAUGCGGAUGGUGCACUUGGCUUUGGAAUUAAGGAAGAUCAGCUGACGGCACUGACCAGAGAUCAUAACUACUCUGCUCUACAGCAGUAUGAAGGGAUUUCAGGGCUAGCAAAUAUGCUAAAGACAGACCCUGACAAGGGGAUCAGUGGAGAUGACUCUGAUAUUGAUGCGAGAAAAAAUGCAUUCGGGUCAAACACGUACCCUCGUAAGAAAGGGAGAAGCUAUAUGGCCUUCGUGUGGGAUGCAUGUAAAGAUUUGACACUCAUCAUCCUCAUGGUCGCCGCUGCGGUUUCAUUGGCCUUGGGCAUAUAUACAGAGGGGAUAAAAGAAGGUUGGUAUGAUGGGGCGAGCAUUGCCUUUGCUGUACUCCUUGUUAUUUUUGUUACAGCUACCAGUGACUACAAACAAUCGUUGCAGUUCCAAAACUUGAAUGAGGAGAAACAGAACAUUCAAUUGGAGGUUGUGAGAGGUGGAAGGCGAAUCAAGGUAUCAAUUUAUGAUUUGGUUAUUGGAGAUGUAGUGCCCCUCAAGAUUGGUGACCAGUGUUCAGCCCGCCAGUUUAGUGCCGCAGUAUUCGGCACAAAGUUUGUGCUGGUGCAACUGGAGCUUCCCUUUUUAGGAGACUGGACACAUCGAUUCUUUCUGCUAUUGAGUGCUGAUCUUGUGGACUGUUCUGAAUGUAAUCCCUUUGUCUCUCGUCCACUGCAGCAAGCAGCUCUUGUCCUGAAUGCAUCAAGGCGAUUCAGAUACACAUUGGACUUGAAAAAAGAGGCGCAAAAGGAGGAAGUCAUAAGAAAAAUUCGUGCACAAGCUCAUGUUAUCAGGGCUGCAUUCCGCUUCAAAGAAGCAGCUCGACUUGGUUCUCAGACAAAGGACGUACCAGAAGCACAUGCGGAUGGUGCACUUGGCUUUGGAAUUAAGGAAGAUCAGCUGACGGCACUGACCAGAGAUCAUAACUACUCUGCUCUACAGCAGUAUGAAGGGAUUUCAGGGCUAGCAAAUAUGCUAAAGACAGACCCUGACAAGGGGAUCAGUGGAGAUGACUCUGAUAUUGAUGCGAGAAAAAAUGCAUUCGGGUCAAACACGUACCCUCGUAAGAAAGGGAGAAGCUAUAUGGCCUUCGUGUGGGAUGCAUGUAAAGAUUUGACACUCAUCAUCCUCAUGGUCGCCGCUGCGGUUUCAUUGGCCUUGGGCAUAUAUACAGAGGGGAUAAAAGAAGGUUGGUAUGAUGGGGCGAGCAUUGCCUUUGCUGUACUCCUUGUUAUUUUUGUUACAGCUACCAGUGACUACAAACAAUCGUUGCAGUUCCAAAACUUGAAUGAGGAGAAACAGAACAUUCAAUUGGAGGUUGUGAGAGGUGGAAGGCGAAUCAAGGUAUCAAUUUAUGAUUUGGUUAUUGGAGAUGUAGUGCCCCUCAAGAUUGGUGACCAGGUACCUGCUGAUGGAGUCCUUAUUAGUGGUCACUCCUUCUCCAUAGAUGAAUCAAGCAUGACAGGCGAAAGCAAAAUAGUAAACAAAGACCAGAAGUCACCUUUUCUAAUGUCGGGUUGCAAAGUCGCCGAUGGCUAUGGUACAAUGCUGGUGACCGCUGUUGGUAUUAACACUGAAUGGGGGCUACUCAUGGCAAGCAUAUCUGAAGACUCUGGUGAAGAAACACCCUUACAGGUUCGCUUGAAUGGUGUUGCUACCUUCAUUGGAAUAAUUGGACUUUCUGUUGCUGUCGCUGUUCUCGUUGUCCUCUUGGCCAGGUAUUUCACUGGGCAUACGUACAAUCCGGAUGGCUCUCCACAAUACGUGAAAGGAAAGAUGGGUGUCGGCGAGACAAUACGUGGAGUAGUUAAAAUCUUCACAGUGGCGGUCACAAUUGUGGUUGUGGCUGUUCCCGAAGGACUACCAUUGGCUGUCACAUUGACGCUCGCCUUUUCGAUGCGCAAAAUGAUGAGGGAUAAAGCUCUGGUCAGGAGACUUUCUGCAUGUGAGACAAUGGGUUCCGCAACAACAAUUUGCAGUGACAAGACUGGAACAUUAACUUUAAAUCAGAUGACUGUUGUUGAGGCAUACUUUGGUGGAGAGAAGAUGGAUCCUCCAGAUAACACUCAGAAGCUAUCUGCUCCCGUGUCAACAAUGAUUAUUGAAGGAAUUGCUCAGAAUACAUCCGGAAGCAUAUUUGAGCCUGAGGGUGGUCAAGCUCCAGAGGUUACUGGAUCACCAACUGAAAAGGCUAUACUCUCUUGGGGGUUGCAGCUUGGUAUGAAAUUCAGUGAAACAAGAUCGAAAUCCUCCAUUCUUCAAGUCUUCCCAUUCAAUUCAGAGAAAAAGCGAGGCGGGGUUGCUGUGCAAGUGGGUGACUCUGAGGUUCAUGUAUACUGGAAAGGAGCUGCUGAACUUAUUUUGGAAUCAUGCACUAGUUGGGUUGACAUGGAUGGUUCAAAUCACUCAAUGACUCCUGAGAAAGCUGCUGAGUUCAAGAAAUUCAUUGAGGACAUGGCUGUUGCUAGCCUUCGCUGUGUCGCCUUUGCAUACAGACCUUGUGAGAUGAGUGAUGUUCCGAAGGAGGACCAGAGGGCUGACUGGGUAUUACCCGAAGAUAACCUGAUUAUGCUUGGUAUUGUGGGAAUAAAGGAUCCCUGCCGCCCAGGAGUUCAAGAUUCUAUCCGCUUGUGUACGGCAGCUGGCAUUAAGGUCCGCAUGGUCACUGGGGAUAAUCUUCAAACUGCCAGAGCAAUUGCCUUGGAAUGUGGUAUUCUUACUGAUCCUAACGUAUCAGAGCCAACCAUCAUUGAAGGGAAGACGUUUCGGGAGUUGACAGAUUUGGAAAGGGAGGAAGUUGCCGACAAAAUUUCUGUUAUGGGGAGGUCUUCCCCGAAUGAUAAACUUUUACUUGUUAAGGCACUCAGGAGCAGAGGUCAUGUUGUUGCUGUAACUGGUGAUGGCACAAACGACGCGCCGGCACUGCAUGAGGCCGACAUUGGUCUCUCGAUGGGCAUCCAGGGAACUGAAGUUGCUAAGGAGAGUUCUGAUAUUAUUAUCUUGGAUGACAAUUUUGCUACACUCGUUAGGGUUGUAAGAUGGGGACGUUCAGUUUAUGCAAACAUUCAGAAAUUCAUUCAGUUCCAGCUGACCGUCAACGUUGCAGCCUUGAUAAUUAAUGUAGUUUCUGCUGUCAGUUCUGGUGACGUGCCACUGAAUGCUGUCCAGUUGCUUUGGGUUAAUCUAAUCAUGGACACUCUGGGAGCGCUUGCAUUGGCGACUGAGCCACCUAACAACCAUCUUAUGGAGAGAGCACCGGUUGGACGGAGGGAGCCUUUGAUAACAAAUAUCAUGUGGAGAAACUUGCUCAUAAUGGCUUUCUAUCAAGUUGCAAUCCUCCUUACUCUCAACUUCAAGGGCCUGAGCCUUCUACGGUUGGAACAUGACAACCCAGCGCAUGCUGAAAUGCUGAAAAAUACCUUCAUAUUCAACACAUUUGUUCUCUGUCAAGUGUUCAGUGAGUUCAACGCUCGGAAACCAGAUGAGCUGAAUAUUUUCAAGGGUAUUGCAGGGAACCGCCUCUUCAUUGCCAUUAUAGCCAUAACGGUUGUGCUCCAGGUGCUUAUCAUCGAGUUUCUUGGUAAGUUCACGACAACAGUCAGAUUGAGCUGGCAGCUGUGGUUGGUGUCCAUAGGUCUUGCUUUUAUCAGCUGGCCGUUAGCACUCGUGGGAAAGCUUAUCCCUGUUGCAGACCGUCCGUUGUUAGAUAUGUUCUCUUGCUGCUGCCCAGCCAAGAAAGAGGCUGGUGAUGCGAAGGAAGACGACGGUGUGAAGCACAUCGAGGUGGUGUGAAGUGACGGGCUGGCGUCGAGGAGGACCUUUGCAGUUUUUGCGUGGAGUUUUAACACGAUCGUCGGGGCUGUAAUUAUCUGGUGAUUUGGAUUUGUAAAUACACUAGGUUUGAAGUGGAUAAUAUUAGGGCUCUCACUUUUGGGGAUUUGCCACGCUAUCUUCAACAACACGCCUGACAGUGCCCCCCUUGUGGCUGAUGACUUGGAAGCUGGGAUUUAGCUUAAAAUGGAUGCUGGAAUGGAGCACUAUAACAGUUUGUCUUC